CCUGCCCUCCUUCUUUCUCCGCUCUCACGAACGCUUCACGACCUUUCGCAUUGCUCUCUGUAUUACCGUCCCUCAAUUCACGACCUCGACCAUUCUCUCUCACGACCGCCCCUAUACAAUAAUUCAUGGGCCCCCUCCGAGACCGCGCGCUCUCAAACUCUCCAGAGCCAGAGUGGCCCCCACCCAGCACCAACCCCGGCCGCCCCACCACUCCCCUCCGCAUCUCAAAGCGCGACUCCCAUUCACAACCGCCACAACAACAACAACAACCCCAUCUCCGGCCCCAUGCAUCCCAGCUCUCCCGCCGCUCCUCCAACACCUACUCCAAACUCCGCACCUCCAACCUCGUCUCCCAGUCUCCCUUCCGCGCGGGCCCGCCACAGUCCCAGAGUGGCCACAACAACAACCGCCCAUCCACCGUCAAGAGCCCGUCGCCGCGGAGAGUCAGUGGCGAGAAGAGACCGAGACCGAGCUCGAUGGUAGAGAACGAGCAGCCCCCGCUCGGUUUCAAACGGAGGCAGUCCAGAGGUCUCGCUGGUCUCGUGCAGGCAGAGCCCGUCACAAAGUCCCCGUUCAGAGCAUCCUCCGUCGACACACAUGGGAGCGAGAAGGACGUGGACGACGCAGGGUUCGACACCGAGGGGGAUCUCGACGGUGACAGUGGAAAUGACGACGAACCUCUCGCCCCUCCGCCCUCGAAAGCGAUCCUCGUCCCGAGCCCUUCCAGUCGCUCCGCCUCGCCCACCCGCUCCUCCCUCGUCUCCAAACGUCUCCAUGGCCCACGCAUCUUCGGCGGCGAGGUGGGGGGCAAGCGCCAGAGGCGCAAGACGGUCACGUUUGAUGAACAGUGCGAUGUCCUCGAGUUCGACCGCGACGAGUCUUCGAUGGAGGUCGACGAGCAUCCCUUCGACAUCUCCGACGACGACGAUCACGACGAUUACGGCGAUCCGGAGCCUGACGCCCUAAAUGGAGGAUCUCACCGACAACCCUCUGCCCAUCGGCGGCCUGAUCAGCACUCGCACCAACACCACCACCACGGCCAGCCUCAUGAACACGACGAAGAAGAAGAGGAACCCGACGAUCGCGAGCAAUCGGGGCGUUACCUCCCUGCCGACGACAGCAUCACUGGCCUCAUGGACUCCAUGCUUCAAGGUGCUGGGAGCAACGAACGGGCGUCAGCGAGGACGCCUGAACAUGAUGAGCUUCACGGUGCCGUCGUCCUGCCGCCGGAUGCCGAGACCGAGGACGGCGUGCCUUAUGGACGUUCCCACCAUGCCGAACGCGCCACCGCCACACAUUCUCGUCCUGAAUCCCCACUCACCCCUACCACAGCCAACACUUCGGGGACACCGUCCCGUCCCGACUCUCCACGCACGCCUACGAUACACUCGUCUAAUGGCAAAAUUCAUUCGGGACGGCGCGAUGCGAGGCGCAAUAGUGGCGAGCUUGGGGAACUGACGGAACAGGAGAGCGAAGGAGAGGAGGAGGGCCCUUCACACGAGGGAAAGGAGGGGGAAGAGGAGGGCGUGCCGAGGUUCGAACUGGAGAAUCUGUUGCGAGAUGCGCCGAAAUUCGAAGCCCGAGCCUCGGGAUCUGGAUCUGGAGGCGACCCCUUCGGCGUCCCAAUCACGAUGAACAAGAACCGGCGGCAUCGAUCUCGCUCGCAUUCGCCUUCGCCUGAAUCCGCUGCUGAAGAGGAAGAGGAAGAGGGAAGUGAUGGCGAUGAUGGGCAGAGUGGGGACAUGCACAUCGUCGAGCUGUCUUUCAUGUCGUCCGUUCCCUCUGAACACGAACACGCGCGGGAGGACUCUGUGGAUCCCAUUUCCAAUCACCAUCAUCGUGCUAUGCCUGCGACACCCAAUUCCAAACACCGACAGCCCCCACACCCAAGAGGAGGAGGAGAAGAGGACGAAGAAGAGGGUGGGGAAGACGAGAGCAGAGACGCGUUUAAUCUCUCGAUUGGACACUCGGAGGUCUCGCUCACGGGCCUCGAAGCGGAGCUCGCGAACCUUGGGAGUCCGAGUCGAGAACGGGACACUACCACCACCACCACCAACGCGUCCUCUCAGUCACUGAAUCUCAGUUCUCUCCCGCGCAUCAAUACCAACGCGAACACCACCACCAAUACAAGCUUAGGACAAGACGAAUCGGCACCAGCUUCGGCGUCAUUGCGCAGGUCGAGGAUCUCGUAUAAUGAUACGCCGAGGAGCAGGAGCGGCUCGCCGAUGCUCGGUAAUUUGGGUUUGAAUGGCAGCACUAAUUCUAAUACGAAUGUGAACUCACCGACUCAAAUUACGGACUCGCCUUUUUUGACGAGGACAGAUUCGCCUUUGACGCGGUCACGUGCGGAGCCGAUCGCGAUACCCGCCAUCAGUGGACGCGUCGCGUCGCCUUCGUUCACUGGGCGCGUUGGGUCGCCUUCACUCACUGGACGCGUUGGGUCGCCUUCACUCACUGGACGCGUUGGGUCGCCUUCACUCACUGGCCGCGUCGGUUCGCCCUCCCUCUCAGCAUCUGUCACCGGGCGCGGCGGAUCGCCAUUCGGUCACCAUGAGCUCGGAUACGUCGCUGCGCGCGUCGGGUCGCCGUUGCCUCUACAUCGCGGGCUGGGAGUGUUGGGUGAAUCGACGAGCAGCAGUGUUGGGAGUUUGAAUGGGAGUGCGAAUGGGAGGGGACCGAGGAUUAGGAGGGAGGAUGUGCAGAGGAGGAUGUUGGGGAGACGGAAUACGGAGAGUCCGUCGUCUUCGGUUGGGGGGCUGGGUGUGGGUGUGGGUGUGGGUGUUGAGGGUGGCAGGAAUGUCGAUGUGUCGACGGAGAUCGAGGACGAUAUCAUGGGCGAACUCGAAUCGGAUCACGAGGGAGACGGAGAGGGUACGGAAGGACUCAAACCGCGGCCAAUGAAGAGACAGGAUAACCCGACUUACGACGGCGUCAUGGCCAUCGACCCGGACGCCCAACCCCGAGAUCCACCGCGCCCGACACUACACACGCGCGCGUACUCCGAGUCCGCGUCUGCCUUCCUUGGCGGCGGCGUUGGGGGAGCGACGGACGCGUCGAGUUUCGUGGGGCUGGAUGUUAUCGAUGCCGGGACGACGUUUGAUCUCGAUUUGGGAAAGUGGGGAUCGGUGUCGAGGUCGACUUCGAGGUCUACGGCGCGCGCCGGUGCUGGGUCGCAUUCGAGGCCACGCGGCAUCGAGAGACAGAGCUCGUUGCCUGUUCCUGUUCCGGUGGGGAUUCCGUUUGGAGAGGAUGGGGAGAUGGAUUUGGAUUUGGAGGAGAUGGAUGUGGAUAUUGAGGAGGCGAGGAGCGCGUUGGAUCGGCUGGUGGAUGAUAUCGAUAGUGUGGGAGCGGGCGGGUCGAGGUCGUCUAAGGGGUCUUCGUCGACGAAGGCUUCUGGGUCGAGUGUGAGUGUGGGGAAGAUGAGGUUGGAGAGGACGGUUGUGGAGGUUGUGGGCGAUGAGGAGGAGGGAGAGGGAGAGGGGGAUUCGAUGGAUGUGGAUAUUCAGAAUGCGGAGGAGGGGGGUGAGGAGGAAGAGGAAGGUGAGGAGGACGUUGAAGAGGAAGAGGAAACGGAGGAAGAUGCGACGAUGUAUUUCGAUGGGAAGAGGCCAUCGAGUUUGGACGACGACGGUCACACUAACGGGCAUGGACUUCCGGCACUCACCUUGCACGAACCAUCGCCUGUGCACGCCUCCACCAGCGCAUCCGCCCACACACGAUCACAAUCCGAAGGACUCCAUCAUCAUCAUCAUACAGCCGAGUCCGCUGUUCCGCCACCACCACCUCCGAAGGACAACAUCCGGAACCGCGAACAGGCCAUCAUGGAGAAAAGACGCGAGCUUCGUCGUCGUGAAGAGCAGCAGGGCAUGUCCGAGGAAGAUAGCGAGGACGCACCCCGAUCGCGCGGACGACUGGACGUACCUGGACACAAAGGGAGCGGUGGUAGGCGGAAAGGACGCAGGAGUCUCAGUGUCGGUGAUGCGGAGGAUGUCGAGCGAAGGAGUGGGAUGGUCGAUGGGGGGAAUAAGGUCAAGUCGCAGCAGCAGCAGGAAGAGGGCGGACAGUUUGGCUUGGGGGCGACGGGCGGGAAGAAGUUGUUGGGGGUGAAGAGGGAGGAUGUGGAUGAGGCGGAUUUGAGGGAUAGUAUUGAGAGGGAGUUGAUGAGGUUGGGUGGCGCGGCGAAGAAUAAAUAUCAUGUACGCGAAAGGGAGGGCACGAUCUACGCUUCGUCGUCCCAGGAGAUGGAGAAAGUGGGGCAUAUGAGCAGCGCAGGCGAUGUGGACAGCGGAAAGGCGUGGCGAACGGUCAGGAGACCGUCUGACAUGAACGAGUAUGCGAAACAGUUGAAGGAAUAUCGAGCGCACGAGAAGCCGGGCAAGUCGAAUGGCAAGGUGUUCGUGCGAGUCGUUGGCGUCAUCGGUUUAAACGCCCCUAUCCCACGCGAGCCAACAGCGGUGUCGUGUACGCUCAAUAACGGCAUUCAUUUUGUUACCACGCCCGAAUCUCGAUUGGCCAAGGACUGCCGGAUCGACCAAGAAUUCGAGCUGAUCGAGCACAGUAAACUCGAAUUCACGCUCGCUCUGAAAGUCCGACCAGAUCCACAUAUCGUAGCACAGAUCAAAGCGACCCAACCACCUCCCGCACCUCCAAAGGCCGUCCAACAACUCGCGGCCCCUCCUCCCUCCAAGGGCGGCAUGCGCUCCUUCUUCUCCUCGCCCAAGAGACCCCCCAAAGCCGUCGCUCAACCCGUUCGCGUGCCACCGAAGAUGCCAGAGUUCAAGUUGCCCGAGAACCUCGCGCGGUACCUCAAGCCCGACGGGACGCUCGCGCGCGCUUUUGUACAGUUCAAGGACAUCGCCGGUCGAUGCGACACGCGCAUGUUCGAGACGAGUUAUCCGUUGAUUGGGCAGAGACUGGACAGCCCGGGGGGGAGGAUGCAGCCGAUGCAGAUCGGCCAGCUCGUGCUGCGCUUUUUGAGGAUUCCGAUACUCGCGGGGGUGCCCGCGCAUGAGCAGCCGCAGAGUUUGGAGGAGGCCAGUCGAGGGUUGAAGUACAUGUCCUGGCAUAAGACGACGUACUUCGAAGGGACGUUGACGCAGUACGGAGGCGAUUGCUCGACAUGGAGGCGUCGUCGAUUCCGAAUCAUUGGUUCCACUCUCGUCGCGUACAACGACGUUACAAGAAGAGCGACGGCCACCAUCGACCUCCGCAAAGCCGUAUCUGUGAUUGAUAUCGAGGAUGCCCGGAAGGGUGCGAGGACUAGCAAGGAUAUGGACGAGUACGAGGAUCUCUAUGGGGUCGAACGCUCGUUCAGGGUCAAGUUUACGCAUGACCAAGAAAUUAUAUUUUUCGCGGACACCGAUGAGGAGAAGGCGCAGUGGCUUGAAGUCCUUCGCUCUAUUGUGGGCCGCAUCCCUCCCAAUCCAAUAUGGGCACAGAUCCUCUGGGAACGUCACGAGGAAGCCCGCAAGGCAGCAGCUGAAGCCCCUGGCGUACCCUGGUCUGGAACACCUGGAACACAGUCGCCGAUGUUGUCCGCUCAACCCAAGUCGCCAUUUAAUCUUGUACAUCCAGGGCCGAGGAGCCCCGCCAUCGAAGUCCAGAAAUCAGCAUCAUCGUCAUCAUAAACACACACAACAAUCCUUACCACCGUUUUCAGUCUUUUGGUCGUUCCCUUUUCCACCAUUACGAACCCAGCGAUACCUCACUAACGACCACUUGACGACCCUUGAUGAUCUAUGCAUACUCGACGAGCGCGUCGACACCGUGAUGAUACACCCAACCAUCAUAAACUGAUUGAUACUAUGACACCCACAUAUGCUUUGCCUUGACAUGACUGGUUCCUGUAGGUCUUUGUAUACAUACCAAACCUUAUCAUGUUAUUAUGUUAUGCAGAUGUCCUCUAUAGCUCUAUCUCCUUUUUUCAUCUCUUUUUUUCUCUCUUUCUUUUCGAGACUGUUUGUGCAUUCGUCUUCCCUUUCUCUCAGGCAGAACUCUUCUGUUUUUCUUGUCUCGGUCUCCUUCCCUCUUGCCUUCGAUCUUCAUCUUGACAUUGUCUGCUCAUCCCUCCUCAUCAGUCGCCAUCAGUCUCAAGGCUUCUCGAUUCGUGUGUCUGUAUUCUUCUUCUCCUGAAUCUAUAUCGGUUUUUUUUGUUGGUCAAACCG